AUGGGCGCAGAGGACGACAUGAUGAAGUUGAUGGGCUUUUCGGGCUUCGGGCAGAAGGCCAAGCCAGACCAGGAGGACCACAUGAAAUCCCGCGUGAAAGACGUCGCCGCUCGCGCCGACGACAACGUUGACAUGCCGGUCGAGGGCGACUCGCUGCCAGCCAAGGCCCAUGGCCAACCUGCAAGGCCUCGUGCAUCUGCACAUGCACCAAAGAGCACGCGAGCCGAAGCGGGCAGCAAACAGGUCGGCCCGCAGACUGCGGAGGGCGUCUCGCCCGGAGCUGGCCCCGCGGACGUCGAGCUUCCGUGCAGCCACGAGCUCGUCAUCUCUGGGCAUCACACUCGCACCAUCACCGCCCUUGCUGUCGACAGGACAGGGCUGCGCUUCGUCACGGGUAGCAGUGACAACAAAGCGCGCAUGUACGACUUCAAUGGAAUGACAACAGCACUGCGGUCUUACCGCGAGAUGGAGCCAAGCGAGGGCCAUCCGGUCGUGUCGCUGUCUUUCUCCCCGAACUCGGAGCUGUUGCUCGCCGUCACUGGUUCUCCGCAGCCAAAGUUAUACGACCGUGAGGGGCACUCGCUCGGCGAGUUCCCGCGCGGCGAUAUGUACAUCCGCGACAUGCGGAACACCAAGGGGCACGUGUCGUCAUGCACGGGCGGCAGCUUCCACCCGGCGGACCGCGGCAAGGCGAUGACGUCUAGCGUGGAUGGCACGGUGCGCUUGUGGGACUGCUGGGCUCUGAAACAGACGUGCGUGAUCAAGCCGGCGCUGUCACGGCCAGGACGCGUGCACGUCACUGCGUGCGCGUUUGACGCAACAGGCAACCGCGCUGUGGGAGGACUGUCGGAUGGGUGCAUUCAGAUCUGGGACUUACGGGGGUCGUUCGGGCGGUCUGCGGCGGUCGGUCAGAUCAGUGCGCCUCGACAACAAAUGGUGGAGAAACAGGACUGGCGCUACUUGACGACGGCGAGCGAGGUUUGCCGCGGGGCACACAAGGCAGAGGAGGACGUUUCGGGGUUGCUGUUUUGCGACGAAGGGCAUCAGCUUGCGUCUCGCUGCUGCGACGGCACGCUCAAGGUCUGGGACACGCGGGCGCUGAAGUGUCCGAUACGAGCGUUCGGGGGCUUGCCAGCGGCGUGUGCGAGUGCAAAUGUUGCUGCCAGCCCACUAGGCGACCUGCUGUUGACCGGAGUGGGCACAGGAGAGGUGAACGGGACCGGCGAAGUUGUCGUGAUCGAUCGAGUGCGACUGGAGCUGCAGCGUCGUCUUGCGUUCCCGGCGCCGGUGACGUGUGUGUUGUGGCAUCCCAUCAUCAAUCAAGUGAUUGUCGGCACGGGCGACCGAAAACGUGCUGCCUGCCACGUACUCUACGAUCCCGACCGAUCAUCGAACGGUGCACUGCUGGCUGCCCGGAAAGCACCACGUCGCGUCGACCUGGACUGGACUCCACCUGUGGUGGAGAGGCAACACACAUCCGGUCCGCGCAUGACGUACAAGCGAAAGAUGCAGAUGGACACCGAACGCGCCCUCAAGACACGGAAGCCAGACUCCGGGCUGAGUUUGGCCGCUGGGAAGGGCCGCGAGGGACGUGUUGGCAGUACACCGCACUCCAUGCUGAAGCACCACCUGCUGCAGAAAGGCUCGCACGUGCGAGACAACUUGCUCGUCGACGCGCGGGAUGCAAUUCUUCAACACAAGGUGGAUGAGGGGGACAUCUACUCCCGAGCAUACAAGGACACGCAACCACAGCCCGUGUACGAAGCAUCAGAGGACGAAGAUGACGCGUCUCGUUGA